AUGUAUAGCCUUCUCGGCCCCGUUCUGUUCUCGUCGCUCGUUGCGGCCCAUGGUCACGUCACCAACAUCGUUAUUAACGGUGUCUCCUUCAAUGGAUGGGACAUAAACAGUUAUCCUUAUGAGUCAUCACCUCCAACUGUGGUGGCUUGGGGCACCCCAAACACUGGCAAUGGCUUCAUUGCUCCGGAUGCUUACCAAACCUCGGAUAUCAUCUGCCAUCUCAAUGCUACUAAUGCUAAAGGCCAUGCGGUAGUAGCUGCCGGUGACCGAGUCUUCCUUCAGUGGACCGACUGGCCAGAAUCGCAUCAUGGACCGGUCAUUGAUUAUCUCGCUAGUUGUGGCUCGAGUGGCUGUGAAACGGUGGACAAAACUACUCUAAAAUUCUUCAAGAUUGACGGUGUCGGACUAGUUGAUGACACAACUGUCCCCGGCACUUGGGGUGAUGAUCAGCUCAUAGCCCAGAAGUCGGGGUGGAUGGUUGAGAUUCCCCACACGAUAGCACCUGGGCAUUAUGUCCUGAGACAUGAGUUGAUCGCACUCCAUAGCGCAGGCACUGAGGACGGCGCCCAGAAUUAUCCUCAAUGCUUCAAUUUACAAGUCACCGGAUCAGGGUCAGACCAACCAGCAGGUGUCUUGGGUACAAACCUGUACCGUCCAACGGACCCUGGCAUUAUCGUGAACAUUUACACAUCUCUAUCGACCUAUGUUGUCCCGGGACCAACACUUUACAGUGGUGCUGUCUCAAUUACACAAACCACCUCGGCAAUCACCGCUUCUAGCACACCGGGUGCAGGUACAGGCAGUGCUACCGCUGGCAGCACUACAGGCUCAGCCUCGAAGGCCACCACUACGACACUGGUGACCACCACAAGGCCUACCAGCACUACCACUACCAGCAAGAAGAUCGCUAUCGCCAGUACGACCACUACUACCACUUCUGCUGCUGCUGGCGGGAGUGGAGCAACCCAGACUCUCUAUGGACAGUGCGGAGGAACCGGUUGGACGGGAGCAACCGCAUGUGCAUCGCCAGCAGCCUGUUCUUCAUCAAACCCGUGGUAUUCUCAGUGUGUUUCAACUGCUGUUUGA